AGGUACCUUGACUCGUACGCACUACUUUACUACUAACGAUGUUUAUCACGGAGAAGGUUGUCUGGGUCAGAAACGGAGAGGACCAUCACACACCCAUGCAAAAAGAGAAAGAGGUAGAGAAAGCCUGCAAUAAAAAGAUGGGAGUGCAACCAGGAUUAAUUGUCCCGCUAUAUCUAGCCCUGUUCGCUGUGGUGUCAUACCAUGCACAGUCCUUUCAGCCGCAAGAUCGGAAGGUCGCGCCGAAUGGAGGAAUCAUAUUUCACAAGAAAUUUGUGGAUGGAAAAACCUCUGCACCACUUCAAUCAUCUUCAUCGUUGCCUGCAUCUGCAGUGCCAGAUGAAACAACAAUAAGUGAUAACCCGUGGUACUCUCACUCAGAUAUCGGGCGUGACCGUUCGCAUGUCCAAAAGCACUACAACAAGCUAUCGGACAUCUUCAAGCGUUAUCCAGAAGAACAGCAAGACGAACUGUGCGCUGACGACAGAAAGGACGGUAAUGAAAACUUAGCAGUGGAUAUUUCAAACGGAUCUAAAUUUCUAUUGGUUUCGCCCAAUGGUAUGUGGUUUCUGAAGUCUUCAUCUUGUCGUGCAUUGCCUCUAUAUCUAACGGCUAGUCAGUUGGAAGACGUGUUCUCGUGUGCGAAGCUGAGUGAAGUUUCUUCGAACAAUUUUGAUGAUGAGAAUAAUGUACAUCUUCUCGCGUGGGUUGGAAAAUAUGACAAUCAGGACUAUUGGGUUAUAUAUCUGAAAGCUAACGAGACCGGAGAUCAUGCAAAAGUAUUAUCAAGGCUUACCGAAGUAUUCUCGAAUGAAUCCAGAGAAAGUUCUUCAAUGUUGGAUUGCAAACCCCUACGAGAAUUCGGCGAUUCGUUGGAAUUUUCCCAUGAUGCAGGGAUAUUAGCCACGGCAAAUGGAUUGGUUGAGUUUCAUAAAAUCCACUUAUUUUGCAGCCUUUGCGGUGGUGCCACAGAACCAACGAAGGCUGGGGGUAGCCGCACCUGCACCGUCGUUAGCUGCCGUAGAUCCGUGUACCCUAGGAUUGAUUCAGCUGCUAUAAUGCUCAUAACAAGUCCUUGUGAAAAUUACGCUGUUCUAGGUCGCAAAAGAUCUUGGCCACCUGGGCGUUAUUCGACACUCGCAGGAUUUUGUGAGGUUGGAGAAACCCUUGAAGAAUGCUGUGUACGCGAGACGUUCGAAGAAAGCGGUGCAGUAGUGGAUCCGAAGUCCUUGAAGUUUGUGGCAAGCCAGCCGUGGCCAUUUCCUCGUUCUUUGAUGGUAGGGUUUCGCGGAAAGGUUAUGGCAUCAUCAAACUUGCCUGUUGAAUCAGGGACAGCAUCGAUAUCUCUACCAGAAAUCGUUGUGGAUACUGAUGAAAUGGAAGAUAUCAGAUGGUUCGCAAAGGACUUCGUGAAGAAACGCCUGUCUUUGAGUGGAUCUACGGCACUAAGUUUCGAACCAAACGAAAUGGAAAAAGAAUUCCACAUACCUGGCAAGGCAAGUUUGGCCCGUUAUAUUAUUACGGAAUGGGCAAACGAAAUACGGUAAUAAGGAUCAAACCUUCAAGGAUAAAGGACGCAGAUUUAUAAAAUUUCUCAGGUGCCGGAAUCCAAAUAAAGGGUUAAUGAAUUGCAUGAAGCACAAAAUGUGAUACAAGUACUUCGUAAUAUGGAAGCCCAUUCACAUUUCAGGUUGAAAAUAAUAUCUACAUGACAGA